AUGUCCGGACAAAAGUCACCAUAUGUCACCCUCGAUGUAUUCACAUCAGAGAGAUUCAAGGGCAACCCUGUCGCCAUUGUGAAGCUCGGCGAUAUCAAGUUGUCACAGGAACAAAAGCAACAAAUCGCCAAAGAAUUCAACUUCUCAGAGACAGUCUUCUUGCAUCCCACCACAGAUGGAAAUCCUCAGGUAGACAUAUUCACACCUGUCAACGAGAUGGAGUUCGCCGGCCAUCCCAUAAUUGGCGCUGGCCACUUUCUCUUCCGCCAAAUAAUGGCCGACGCUCCCACUCGCUCGAACAACCUCACUGUAAUGACCAAAGCCGGACCCGUUCCGAUAUCAUAUGAUCCAGCCAACGAGGUUGUCUCUGCUGAGGUCCCCCACAAUAUUCAUAUCCACCAGCAGGGUGCGACACUAAGUCACAUCCUUCCUGUUCAAGCAAGCCUGGUGGCCUCGGAUCUUCAGGGCUUGAAAAAGACAUCACCAGUAGUUUCCGUGGUCAAAGGUGUCACAUAUGCUCUGGUGGAUCUGACUGAAAGACCAGAUCUCUUCGCUAAUAUUGUGCCCGGUGGGAGUCCGGACCUUAAUCUGGACGAAGGAUGGUCGCCAUCCUUCACCGGGGUUAUGUAUCACCGUCAUCUUGAGUCACGUACAGAGGGCAACGUUGUGAUUUGGGAUCUUCGUGUGCGCAUGAUCGCGAUUGAUCUAGAGGACCCUGCUUGCGGUAGUGGGGGAUGUUCUCUCGGGGCUUAUCUUGCGGUAUCGAAUGGUCAGAAGGGGCGGCAUCAUCGGUUCUAUAUUGAUCAGGGAAUUGAGAUGGGGAGGGAUAGUCGGGUCAUUGUGGAGGUGGUCUUGGAUGAGGACAGGAAGAAGGUCUCCACUAUCAAACUCGCUGGCCAUGCUGCAUUUGUAGCGGAAGGGAGCAUCUUUGUUGAUUGA